ACUUUCAUUUCUCAGACACAAAUUUUCCCACCUGUUGAGAGAACCCCUGCUUUCUCAGCGAAUUUUCCCGGAAAGUAGAGAUCAAUGCAUGUCAGCGAUAAUUCGUGAUUACACAGGGGCUUCAUUGAUGCUCUUCAGACGAAGCUCUGAAAAGUACGUGGUAGGGUUUGGAUUCAUUUGAUUCCGAUCCAGAAAAAAUGUCAUCGAUCUUCUUCAGGUUAGGGUUACUACUCUCGAUCCUCUUCUUUGUUGCGAAACCGUCCGAAUCAGCGGUUUUCAGUGUAGAUCUAGGCUCAGAAUGGUUGAAAGUCGCCGCGGUGAAUCUGAAACCAGGACAAAGUCCAAUCUCGGUCGCGAUUAACGAAAUGUCGAAGCGAAAAUCGCCGGCAUUGGUCGCAUUUCAAGGCGGCAACCGCUUGAUCGGCGAAGAAGCUGCCGGACUCGUGGCGAGGUAUCCCGAUAAAGUAUAUUCCAAUCUUCGAGAUUUGAUAGGAAAGCCCUAUGAUUGUGUGAAGAAAUUUCUCGAUUCAAUGUAUUUGCCAUUUGAUGUUGUGGAAGAUCCGAGAGGCGGUGCUGGGAUUAGGGUUGAUGGUGGUGCAAUUUAUUCGCCGGGGGAAUUGGUGGCGAUGGUAUUGGGUUAUGCUUUGCAUUUGGCAGAGUUUCAUUCCAAGGUUCCGAUUAAGGACGCCGUGAUUACAGUGCCACCAUACUUCGGGCAGGUAGAGAGGAAGGGUUUGCUUCAGGCGGCUCAGUUGGCUGGGAUUAAUGUGCUUUCGCUGAUCAAUGAGCACUCAGGUGCGGCGUUGCAGUAUGGGAUUGAUAAGGAUUUCUCGAAUGAGUCAAGGCAUGUUAUAUUCUAUGAUAUGGGUUCGAGUAGUACUUAUGCUGCUCUUGUGUAUUUCUCUGCGUAUAAUGCGAAGGAGUAUGGGAAGACUGUCUCUGUCAACCAAUUUCAGGUCAAGGAUGUUAGAUGGGACCCACAACUUGGGGGUCAGGAUAUGGAAUUAAGGUUGGUGGAGUACUUUGCGGAUGAGUUCAAUAAACAACUUGGAAACGGGGUAGAUGUGAGGACAUCCCCUAAGGCGAUGGCAAAGUUGAAGAAACAAGUUAAACGCACAAAAGAUAUUCUAAGUGCAAACACAAUGGCUCCAAUUUCAGUUGAAUCUCUUUAUGAUGAUCGUGACUUUAGGAGUACGAUUACUCGUGAGAAGUUUGAGGAGCUCUGCAAUGAUCUUUGGGAGAAAUCUCUUUUUCCUCUUAAAGAAGUGCUUAAAAAUUCUGGUUUGAAGAUUGAUGAGAUAUACGCGGUGGAGUUGAUUGGAGGUGCCACUCGAGUGCCAAAACUACAGGCUAAGAUCCAAGAAUUCAUUGGGAGGAAAGAUCUGGACAAACACUUGGAUGCUGACGAAGCUAUUGUUCUUGGUGCUGCAUUACGUGCAGCGAAUUUAAGUGAUGGAAUCAAAUUGAAUCGUAAGCUAGGGAUGGUUGAUGGUUCUUCAUAUGGAUUUGUCAUCGAGCUUAAUGGUCCUGAUCUUCUAAAAGAUGAAAGCACUAGACAGGUGCUUGUGCAAAGAAUGAAAAAACUACCCAGUAAGAUGUUUAGAUCCAUCAUACACAAUAAAGACUUUGAAGUUUCACUUGCCUAUGAGAGUGAAGACCUAUUACCACCUGGUGCUCCUUCGCCCAUAUUUGCUCAGUAUGUCGUGUCUGGUCUGACUGAUGCUAGUGAAAAGUAUGCAUCACGUAAUCUUUCUUCACCCAUCAAGGCCAAUCUACAUUUCUCUCUCAGUAGUAGUGGGAUAUUUUCUUUGGAUAGAGCAGAUGCUGUUGUUGAAAUAUCCGAAUGGAUAGAAGUUCCCAAAAAGAAUCUUACCGUGGAGAACUCAACUUCUGCUUCACCCAACAUAUCAGUUGAAGGUGGUCCCGGGAACACUUCAGAAGACAGCGGUGACAGCUUGAAGACAGACGGUGGAACUAAUAAUGCAUCCAACUCCAGUGAAAAUGAUCAAAGCACUACUGAUCUUGGUACAGAGAAAAAACUGAAGAAGAGGACUUUUAGAGUUCCACUCAAGAUUAUUGAGAAGGUGGUGGGACCUGGAAUGUCUCUUUCCAAAGAAGCGUUUCUCGAAGCUAAAGAAAAGCUGGAAGCACUGAAUAUAAAGGAUGCAGAGCGAAAAAGAACUGCAGAGUUAAAAAAUAAUCUCGAAGGAUACAUAUAUGCCACUAGAGAAAAGCUUGAAUCAGAGGAAUAUGAAAAAAUUUCUUCCAGCCAGGAACGCCAAUCAUUCAUUGAAAAACUUGAUGAGGUGCAGGAAUGGUUGUACACUGAUGGUGAAGAUGCUUCUGCCACUAAGUUUGAAGAACGUUUAGAUUCAUUAAAAUCUAAUGGCGACCCCAUUUUUUUCAGAUUUAAUGAGCUUACUGCACGACCAGCAGCAUGUGAACUUGCUCAGAAAUACCUUGGUGAACUGCAACAGAUUGUACAUGGAUGGGAGGCUAAAUCAUGGCUUCCGAAAGAGAGAAUGGACAAGGUUCUGAAGGAUGCUGAAAAUUUUAAGAAAUGGUUGGCUGAGAAAGAGGCUGAGCAGAAGAAGACUUCGCCAUUCAGCACUGCUGCAUUUACAUCUGAGGAAGUAUAUGAGAAGGUAUUCGAUCUUCAAGACAAGGUUGCUAGCAUCAAUAGAAUUCCCAAACCAAAACCGAAAGUUGAGAAGCCUGUAAAGAAUGAAACAGAGAGCAGCAGCGAGGCUGAUGCGAAUACUACCUCCUCCGACUCAUCUUCUCAGGAGGCAACAUCUGAAAAUGACCAAACAGAUAAUGGCUCAACCAAUGACAAAGUAGACUCAGAAGCACCUGAAGCACACGAUGAAUUGUGAUUGAAGUGAGUGAUAUAUAGAAAAAAUUGAUAGAGGGUAAAGCCCAUUCUUCAGGUAGACAGACGGGCAGGAUGGGUACAAUAGGGGUAGGGGAGUGGCAGCAAUUUCGACUUUUGAGUGACGGUUUUAAUAUUUUAGACUUAGCCCAUUUUUCAGGAGGCCUGCUUUUCUUGCCAUCCUUGGGAUUUUUGUGAAAUGAACUUUUUUUUUUUUUUGUUAAUUAUGAUGGUUGUCACGUGAUAUAAUUCAUACCCCCAACAUAACUAUGGGGCACAUAGUGGCUAAUUUACCACCCUGGAGAUUUUGCUCCUCCACAGUAUUAUUAUUUGAGGUAUUUCGUUUUUUAGGGGGAAAAAAAGAAGACGACAUAAUUACUGUAUUUGUCAUAAUUCAGCUGAACCGAUAUGAAAUCCUGCUAUGGGGAUUCAAUAUAAACUCGUUAAUGAAAGCUUUUAACUGGGCCUACGAUGGAGAACAUUUUGGUGUUAAA